UGCGUUUCUAAAAGUAUUUAUUUCCUGUGGGUCCGUCAAUUAAAUGAUUCCUCCAGACAUAUUCAAGUCAAGAAAUUAUAGUAGUACUGUAGAAUGGCAACGAUGAUUGAAGAAAAUGGUCCAGCAAUGCAACAGCCGGGUGGCCUGCUUUCGUCCUCAUCUCGGGCAAGACAGAAGCUGGAGAGUUUGCUAAAUAAGAACAUGAAGAUCAGGAUGACAGACGGCCGGACGCUGGUGGGACUGUUCCUGUGCACCGACAGGGACUGCAACGUCAUCCUGGGGUCUGCGCAGGAGUUCCUCAAAUCUACAGACUCUUUUUCCCAGGGGGAACCUAGAGUCUUAGGCUUGGCCAUGAUCCCUGGUCACCAUGUGGUCUCCAUUGAGGUGGAGUCAGACAGUUUGAUCGACACCCAGGGACUGGGGCCUAGCCACUGAAGGAUCUCACCAAACCUGGGGAAUAUUAGGAUGUGACUAACGUAGCCAAGCAAUGAACAGCCUGGCUAGGUAUGGUUCAUCCCUAAGAAUACAGACUUACAACACGGACUCUAGGCAACUUAACUGAAGAUUCAGUUCUCCCAUGUCAGUGCCAUGGAUUCCAGUUCUGUGGGUCAAUGUUUGAUCAGGAACAUGUGUUGAUAAGUCUAACAUGACACACCUUGUGACCUCUGGACAUUAAAGUAUGCUUGUGUGUUUAUGUGGGAGUGUAUUAAGUUGAUAUGAUUAUGAAGUAUCCUGUGUGUACCCAAGGAGAGGCUAGGACUCAUCCUGGGCGUUUGUGUUGUGUGGUAAGGCUGUUUUAAUACCAAGAGUGAUAAAAAAAAAUACAUGGUGGUAUUUGAGCUUGUCUGAUUGAGAUGUUUUUUUUGUUGGCUGCAUAUGUUGUCAUUGUCAUACAACUGAUACACCAUAACAUACAACACCUUCAUGUUCAUCACGUUAAAGGCUGAGGGACACACAUGAACGAUGCCCCCUGUGGAAAAACAGUGGUAGUCUCCCUGCCCAGGAUCCAAAACUAUCUGCGUUUAAUCUUCCCAUUGAAAACAUCUGUUUAUGAAUAUUCACUGUUCAUUUGUAUUUUAAUACACACCGGAGAGCAAUUUCAGAUUAUUCUGUUUGGCAAAUUAAAACUGUCAACUAGACAAAAAUAAUCCCUAAAAACAAACCGAAGAGAAAGCUCCAUCCAUGGCUGUCCUCUGCUCGACUUUGAUGACAUAAUUGAGCAAUAUCAGUAACGUCAAUAACAUUUUACAGUUUUAAACACAAAUAUAAAAUAUCCUGAAUACUCUGUACUAAAUAUUUAAAGUACAUUCCGAAUGUCACCUUAUCGUUGGAAGUAUGAAGCAAAACAAAAA